CAAAGACAAUUCGAUAUUCGAUCGCAAGAGUCGACUUCUUGACUGCUCGUCACUCUAUCUCCUCGAUUACCCGCGCCUUUUUAAAGUACAAUCAUUUUCCGACAACGCGCUUCGUUGGCUCAACUUCAUCAACAACCUCAAAUGCGCCAAAGUGUCCCAUGAACCGUCCGCCCUCCAAGAGGAGGCUACUUUGCAACAGUUAUGGCUUUUAGCUUUGGAAGUCCUGCUCCGGCAGCGGCAAAUGGCUCGACUAUACAAGUCGGUGCAGAUUUAGAGGAUAUUCAAACAGAGACUCUAGGAUUCCUCGCGCUAUCUGGAGAAUCAAAGAUCCAGCUCCUCCCGACAGCAUGGCCGUCAGACCAAUUACCACCGCCAACAGCGUGCCUUAUGAGCAUAGCUUCGCAGAAAGGACUGAUAGCAGCCACCUCUCCAGAUUGUGUUAUAUUGGCCUCAACUGAGUCGGUACGGAAAGCUUUCGAGGGUUCAGAAUCGGGAGAUGGCAAUGUCAAGCCAUUUCAACCUCAACUAAAACUGUCCAUGCCCAUGAGAGUAUCCCAGUUGGCGUUCACGGCGGACGAAUCAUAUUUGGUACUGUCAGCAGAAAAUGGUGGUGGUUUGGCAGUGUAUGAUGUUGAAGCACUGAAAAAUGGUGCCACCGAAUCGACCUUUCAGCUUGCUACGAAUGGACAAUCUCUGAGAGCUCUAGUACCAAAUCCAACGCCGGAAAAGGGAGAGCUUCUCGCUCUUGUUACUACAGAUGGAAACCUUAUGAUGGCCAAUCUUAAAGAGCGGAAUUUUGUCUCUGGGGCGAAUGGACAAAUUUUGAAGGGUGGCGUUAGUUGUGUAUCAUGGAGCACAAAGGGCAAGCAGCUGGUGGCUGGACUUGCUAACGGAAGCGCAUAUCAAAUGACUCCCGAAGGAGAAGGGAAAGCCGAUAUACCUCGACCACCAAAUGUGGAUCAAGGGGAUCAUGUAUCAUCGAUCACUUGGCUGGAAAACCAUGUUUUUCUCAUGGUACACACUCCAUCAAACUUUGACAAUAGUCAAGCUCCACUUUCGACAUUCAAUGUCGUAACACGAAAUCCUCCAGGGAAGCCAGCAAAUAUCGUAUAUCAGAAAAUAUCGGAUCCUGCUGCACCGUACGGUCUCAAUCGAUCCCCGCCACAUCACUUUCUACUCAGACUUAAAGAUUUCCCACCAAACCUACAGGAUGCUCUUAUAAUUGCUUCGACUGCUUCGACAGACAUUGGCCUCUUCAGCAGAUCCAAGACUCCCUUGACAAACACCAAACCUGCGGAGAAGAUCACAGGCGUGUUCACAAUGACAGAGAUGACGGAUGACUCUCGCCGAGCUGCACUUCCAAUGACGGCAGAGUUAAAUGAUACUUCUCCCAUUGGCUUUGCACUAGAUCUCUCCAGUAAAGAGAAGGUUCCAAAACCCAUACCAACUGAUGAAGAGAUUGCGGAGACACCAACCCCUGUUCCUGCACUGAUGGUCCUGAACAAUGAAGGUGUAUUGAUGGCAUGGUGGAUUAUCUAUUCCGAGUCCAUUAGGCAAGGCACGCCUUAUCCGGGCUUGGUAGCUGCUGGUGGAGCUGCACAGUCGAUUCAACAAGGUCCUACGCCUACACCAGCAGCAAGUGGAGUAUUUGGUAGCCCUGCACCUGGGUUUGGGACAAGUGCAUUUGGUUCUCCAGCACCUGCAUUUGGUACCCCAAAACCUGCGUUUGGGGCACCUUCUCAACCUGCUCCCACAACAGGUGCUUUUGGUGCUCCUUCGGGACUAGGUAAGACUCAAUCUCCUUGGGGAGCACCGGCUGCUUCGACGCCUACUGCAUCUUCAGGUCCAACUUUCGGAUCCAGUACUUUUGGAUCGGCGCCUGCACCCUCGACACCUGCAUUUGGAACUCCAUCAUUCGGCGCAACUAGCACCCCAGCCUUUGGUCUUGGGAACCGACCAUCCCCAUGGGCCUCUGGAUCAACUGCUCCGAAUGCUGCAUUUGGUCAAGCCGGGGGCUUGAACAAGCCAACGUCAGUAUUCGGAUCAUCGACUCCAAGUACAGCAGCUCCCGCAUCCUCUGGCUUUGCUUCAUUUGCCACGAAGGGCGGCUUUGCAGCUGCUGCAACUCCCUCUACCGGUGGCAGCAUCUUUGGAUCUACACCCGCCACCACAAACCCCUUUGCUUCCCCAAGCACCAACAGUGUAUUCGGUGGAGCAAAAUCCGAGGACAAACCUGCAGCCUCCUUCGGCUCUGGAGCAUCUGGUGGUUUCGUUCUUGGCUCAACGUUCAAGGCUGAUCCAUCUGCGAAGGACGAUGGCCCCAUACCUUCAAAUGAAUCCAAGAGUUCGUUCUUCGGUGGAGGUUUUGGCAGUGCUCUUGGUGAGACUGCGAAGUCUCCCCCAACUCAAGCUCCAGUUUCUCAAGAAGCUGACAUGGACUCUGAUGACGUUGUCAAAUCAGUUGAGAUUCCCGAUACUGAAAAGCCAUCAACGACACCCGCUUCCACACCCGCAGCACCAAAGACUGGUAUAUUUGGCACCCCAGCCCCUGCAUCAACUGGAUUAUUCGGUCUUUCGAAUCCAGCAAGUUCAACCCCAACUUCCACACCUGGUGGAUUAUUUGGAUCAUCAAAGCCAGCAGCUUCGACCCCAACAACCACACCUGGCCCAACCGGGUUCAGUUUCGCUCAAUCUUCUACCAAUGCCACGAAACCUGGAGGUUUUGGUUUUGGCAAUUUGGGAACUGGUACUACCACCGGCCCAAAGACUCCAACGCCAAAUGCCGUCCCAUCAAUAUUUUCGCAGUCUAAGACGCCUCCAUCACCUAAGAUCAAACAAGAGCCGACCACUGAUGCUCGUGGUAUCAAUGCCAAGAUUCCAGAAGCACCCUUACCACCAGACACAACUAGCAAGUCUACCUUUGGUAUUGGAGAAUCAUCAAGCUCCUCCACCGCCGAAGACGCACCACUACCCCCAGACUUCAUAAAUAAACCCGCACCAAAAUCAACCCCGGCUCCUGAACCUCCACUACCUGAAAAGAACGAAGCGAAGCCAAUUCCGAAGGAAUUGAUACCGCCGAGUGACGUUCCUGGAGGUCCAGAGGACGAAGGUGACGACGACUCUGACUUCGUAACGGAAGAGGAAGAGAGUGAGGAUGGUGCGGAGGAAGCCAGUGAGGAAGGAAGCGGCGAGGAUGUUGCGAAAGACCUAAGCCCAACAUCCGAGACCAAUCACACACAAGACCUCACUCCAGAAAGCUCUUUCGGUGGCCCCAAGAAUCAAAGCCGCGACCCCUCCUUCAUGCACAUCUCCAGGCCGAGCAUCCCAACGCAGUCGAGAUCACUAUUUGGUGAAAUCAGUAAGGAGAAAGCACCAGUUUUAGCGCCGCCAAAGACUUUUACCAGCCCUCGAUCUCCGAGUCCGGUCCGGAAUCCAGUGCCUAGUCGGAUGCUACGCCCUGAGAGAGUCUCCAGUGCUCCAGGAUUCGCCUCGCAAAUACUCGGAUCUCGACCUACCACUGCCCGUUCUGCGCCCACCCAAGACACCUUCACACUUUCAAAAGAACAACAUGAAAAAGAAGAGUCGAGACGUGCAGAAUCCAGAGCUCGGAAGGAAGCUGAAGAAACCCAGAUGUUGGUUGAUAGAGAUGAUGAUGACCUUCAGAAGUUCCUUGCGUCUGAUAUCACUGGCUCUAGAAAGCUGGACGGCUUCCAGACUCGUCCAGAAUAUACAGGAAUCAAGUCACUAGACAGCGUCGCGGCUCAAGUCGAGACAGUCUAUCGAGACAUUAAUUCUAUGAUUGACACCUUGGGCCUCAAUGCACGAGCCUUGCGAUGUUUUAUGAAAGGUCAUACUGAACAAUACAAAGAUGAAGGGCGCACUAGGGAUGAUCUCGAGGAAGAUGACGACUGGUGCUUAGUGGAAAUUGAGAACUUAUCGUCAGUUAUUGAGAAGGAUCUCGAGAGAGAUCUUGAAGACGGGCGUGUUAAGGAUGUGGCUACCAAGCUCGAGACUUGCAACGACCUCCAAAAGGAUCUGAUUCGACUUCGUGCCAAGCAUGAAGACAUAAAGAAGAUUAUUGAUUCUCAUCAAGAUCCUACUCAAGUAGCUCUCGCACGCGCGCAGCCUCUCAGUGCCGAGCAGGCUGCACAGCAACAUGAUCUGCGAAAAGAGUACACCAAAUUUCAGAAAUUGCUGUCCGAGGCUGAAGAAGGCCUAUCAGUUCUCAAAGCCAAGGUCGUUUCUCAAGCUACCUCGAGCGGCAGAGCUUCUAGCUCAUCUGUUCCUACUGUCGAGGCCGUCAUGAAGACAAUCACCAAGAUGACAACCAUGGCUGAGAAACGAAGUGGAGAUAUUGAUGUUCUCGAGGGACAGAUGCGUCGACUUAACAUGAGCUCUGCAAUUAGCACCGGCAGUCGAGAAGGCUCCCCGUUCGCCACACCUGCCAACAAUCGGUCGAUUAUGCGAAAUCCAGGAGCCUCGAGUCUAUUCUAUACACCUGACAGCAUCAAGGAUACCCCACAACGUUUUCAGAGCUCAAUCAUGUCAAAUGCCAGUUCCUAUGCACGAAACUCGCCUCGUAGAAAGAUGAGUGGGUAUACGACCGAAGAGAAAAUGCAACUGAGAAGCAAGAUGGCGAGGAAAAAGGAGGUCAUGGACAAAUUGAGAAGUGCGCUGCAAAAAGCAGGCACGAACAUUAGACUCAUGGACGAUAACGAAUGAGGGAUAUGAGAAUUGUAUACUAGGCUUUUUUUAUAGCAUAGCUGAAGUCGUUUGAGCCCGUAGUGAUUUUGGGGACGGACUGGACUGCAUUGCAGCAAAUGGCAUGGAAAAUGUACUAUCACGAAAUUUCAGCAUCUGAU